UUGACUGCCUAUUCUUCUGAGUACUGCAACAGGGAGUCUGAUUUGUAUUGUUGAGUGAAAAAAAUUGAUAUUUGUGUUUGUAGUGGCGGUGAGUUGUUAGGUGCAGUUGUGUCUACUUACGGUAGUACAACGAUGAGUUCCAGUCAUUCAGCCGCGAAGGUUGGCGAAAUUUUCACUGCUGCGGGUACAGCCUUUACGCAGUUAGGCGAACUAUCUAUGCAGCUAUACUCUGACACGGAUCAAAAUAUAACGGGAGGGAAGUGGACAGAUGAAGAAAUAGAGAUGCUCAGAAAUGCCGUCAAAAGGUUUUCCGAGGAUUUACAAAAAAUAUCCGAGAACAUUAAAAAUAGGGCGAUUUCACAGAUUAAAAACAAUAUGAAACGAAAAGCAUAUGAAAGUGCCGGCGUAACAGCGGCAAUCAAGAAGACUUCUACGGGAGCAAAUAGCACAAAUGCAGCCACGACUGCAAAAGCAGGGGUCGCAGCAACGAGUACCGCAGGGCCUGCAGCGGUCGGCGGAGUGUCUUCAGGUGGCGUUAUCACGAGUUCUAGCAUGCCCAGUGUCAAGCAGGAAAGUUCUCAACAGGCUGCGCUUGCAGCAACGAUUCUAGCCGCUCAACAAAAGCCGUCAGUCCAUAGUUCCACACAUGCUCCACCAUCGGCCGAUCUCACCCUUAACAUGCUUAAUGCCACACACGAGCACGAAGUAGACUCAGUGGUGGGUGUCGGUCUUGCUGGACCGGGACAAAAGCUUCAGUAUGCUGAUGACUCGAAUUAAUUUUAUUUUCCGCUCUUGGUAGUCGGGCAGUGGGCUAGCGAUGGGCAUCGUCUUGUACAUGUUCAUAGUAAUAGGCGGUGGUAUAGAUACGGUUGCAAUGGAGUGAGAGAAUAGAUCUUAUAUUCAGUUUAUAAUCGUUUAUGAUCCUACUCCCUUACAGUGAGGUUAGUCAAGAGGUGGCCAGAGGCCAACCAACGCUCUGGGGAAUGAUCUUAUACCUAUUACGGUACCAUUACAUAUGGUAAGUGAGUUGAUUCCCUUUUUGUCACUUUAAUAAAUCUUAAAACAAAAUUAAAAAUUGUAAAUGCCCUAUUUAUAAGGACAUACAGUCUAAAAUGUGUCGCUUUCCAUUGGAGGUACAUGUCUGUGGAUUAAAAUUUGUUUUAGAUACUGUAAACUGGGUUGAUUUUGUAACAGCUCAGGUGGGUUUGGUAUAGUUAAAACCUAUUAAACCUCACGCUUAAAGUAGAUAUUCACGCAGGUAUCAACUUCAUACAUCAAACGGGCUGCGAGUUAAGCCAAUUUGAACGUUAUCCGGAACUUUCGUUAUAUGACCAAGUUUGUCUUUCGGUUUUGUUGACCGACUUAAUGCCGUAUGUAACAUGCCGAACACGUGAUUAAAAUGAUAAUAAGCAUGUAUAAAUUUUUAUUUAUUUAAAAGCAUCAGAUAAUAGAAAUUUGGAAAUAUUCUACGAUAGUGAUGGGCAGCAAUUAGCGAUUCUACCGAUUAUUGCGAAACUUGGCAAGCGUUUGCUUGGUGUGAAUAUAAUUUUAGACUCUGUUACAUUGUGUGUAGCCACGCUGAAUAAGACUUACCGCUUCACCACGCAAGACGGAUAGAUUUAGAAGCUUGUGUAUCCUUAACAUAUCGUGUAAGGAAGUUCUAGUAAGCAAGCAAGUGCUUAAUUUGGAUUUUGUCGCAGCCUAGUCAAUAGUAUAAAUUGGCGCUGUUCAAGUUCUUGAAAAGGGAAACUGAAUAUACAUAUAUAUAUUUCGUCAUUAAACUUUCGACGAAACGACUUUUCAAGACUUUCAAAUGCAGAAAAAGUGUGCUAAAGUCAUUCCAGUUCACGGUGUUGUUGUGGGCGGAGCUGGUCACUUCGUACAAUCAAUGCAAGGUCGACGUGAGAAUAUUACGUUAACUUUUGUGCCUCCAUACUGGUGUGACAUUCGCUAGAAAGUACAUCUCUGGUUGACCUUAAAGGUGAAAUUUUGUUAUAUGGCAAGCGUGUUUCAAUCGAUUUGUUCACUUUGUCAUGGCUAUUUCAAAAGGAUAGAAUUCAGUUGACUUUUCGGGUCAGUGGAGUGAACAUUCAUAGUUGCUAGCUUAUGGCUGAGUGAUGACAGCCAUGUACGCUAGCUCUGGAUGUAUUUGUAAAUCACACGUAUAUCAUGCAAGAUGGAGUUGCACAGUGUAAAUGUGUAAACAAACGUAGAUUCCUUUAGCAAAUAUAUCUAUGAUUAUUAUCAUUAUGAUCGCCGACAAAGCAGAACUGACAAGGAAGUGUGAAUAUCGCACAUUUUGUAACUAUAAGAUUAAACUAAUUUACGUUUGUUAAUAAAGACGAGUUAACAAUUUCCGUUUAUUUAUACGUCGAUUCAUUGAAGCGCAGUAUAUUUUUACGAACGUGAUAAAUAUGUAUUCUCAUAAUAGGCUUAAAAAAUAGAUAAACAUUUAUAUAUCGCAUGCUUGACGUAUUCGCUUACCAAUUCAUCUCGAAGUAGCUGAUGCUCAAAAUCCCACGUUAAGAAAAAAAACACGAAAACCGUUGUUUAGAUUUAAUGAUCAUAUCGUCUUACCAAAUCUCCACUUGGUCUAAUUGAUUGCCUAUGCUCCUGUACAACAUACUGUGUAAAUAUAGAAUAAUAUCGUAUUUUCUAUAAGCGCAAAAAAUACCACUGUGCUAAUAAGGAAGUGUUUAUACAUCAGUUUAUGCAGUUUUUUUCGUAUGUUACUAUAAAUAUAAAAUGGAUAUAUAUUGAAAGAGCGUCCACCACGUCUUGUUACGGCUAGCCCAAGCGAAGGGCAGGACGCUGUUGCAACAUAUGUAUUUGCGAAUUGUGUAUAUAUGUGAUUAACCUAGUAAAUAAAAAAAGUCAGUUAUGCGCAUGCAUGUGUUUGUAUGCGUCAUAAUCAAAACAGUGAUUGUGAGAAAUGCGAAACAAUAGAAAACGAAUAAAUCAGUAGCAGCGAUUUGUAAGCUAGUUACUUGGAUUAUUCUGAAUCAUUACUACCCUCAUCCUAGUUUUCUGAAAUAUCAUUCAGUCAGGUACACCAGUGUUCAAGGAAUCAAUAUAUAUACUGAAACAACAAGAAUUUUCCAAAAGGACCAGAAGAAUGUAUACUUAAACUGUGGCAGUUUUUAAAAAUAAAACGA